CACCUAUAAAUAAUAUCAAUAGAGGGAGGCUAUGUAAAUGACACACCUCCCAGUCCUGUUAAGCUCAGCUAAACACUCUUCACAAUACAAAUCCCUGUGCACAGCUAGUCAGCAUGUUUGCACGUUCAGGGCUUUGCACGCUGGAGAAUGUAGUCCCGUUCAGUCAAGAGCCACCGGCCCGGGUGAUUACACAAACGUGGACAGGAACCACAUAGUCCAGCAUGACUCUCCACACCUGCUUAUGUAUCCAGUGGUCACUGGGCGAACUGAAAGGGUGACCAAUGAGAUGGGUCGGUGAUCUUUUCACUCUAACAUUUAAAUGCCUCAAAAACUCUUUAUCAGCACUUAUCUUGUGAUUUAGUUUAGUGGAAUAGUUUUGGAUUGACUGCAACUGCUGGUGUUGGAUCAAGAAUCAUCUGUGCGGGAUUUCUGUUUUUGUCAGCACACAGGUAACGUAUUUUUUCAUAUAAUCCAUUUAUGAUACUAUAUGAAAUGAUCUUGUCUAUAAUGUUAUGGUAAGAUGUUUAUCUGUGAUAAGUGUCAUCUUAUGAGGUUCUGUUUAACUUUUCUAAAGAACUGCUGCUGGACAUGAAUCCGGGCGUGCAGGUCUGUGUGCCCACUGUGGCUCUGCUGGGCAUGUAUUGCCGAGGUUGCCUCAGCAGGACACAGAGUUUGCCCCGUCGCAGCUUCAGCACUUUGCACAAGCGGAUGAGCAGGUGGAACAGUCUGGAGACCAUCCACCACCCAACUCCUCAGGAAAACCCUCGUGUCCUCAUCACAGGUGGCCUUGGGCAGUUAGGUGUGGGUCUUGCACAAACACUGAGAAAACAGUAUGGAAGAGAUAAUGUCAUCCUGUCAGACAUCAAGAAGCCUCCACCUCAUGUUUUCACCAGUGGUAUGCAAAAUCUAAAUAUGGUUGUAAGGCUUUUUUUGUCCUAUUCUCCUCCAUUCAUACUUUUAAAUGCUCGUCCCUCUCUUUUCCCAUCAGGUCCAUUCGUAUACGCUGAUGUGUUGGACUACAAGCACCUCAGAGAACUGAUUGUAAAUAAUCGUAUCACUUGGCUCAUCCACUACAGUGCUCUGCUAAGUGCUGUGGGUGAGGCUAAUGUGGCUUUGGCACGCAAGAUCAACAUCACAGGUCUCCAUAACGUGCUGGACUUGGCACUGGAGAACUGCCUGCGCCUCUUUGUCCCCAGCACCAUCGGAGCGUUUGGUCCCUCUUCUCCACGUGACCCGGCCCCAGACCUCUGUAUCCAAAGACCUCGAACCAUUUACGGCGUGUCCAAAGUGCACGGGGAGCUGAUGGGAGAGUAUCUCCAUCAUAAAUACGGCCUGGACUUCCGCUGCCUACGUUACCCAGGUGUGAUAUCAGUCAACUCAUCUCCUGGAGGAGGAACUACAGACUACGCAGUUCAAAUCUUCCAUGAUGCUCUCAGCACAGGUCACCACGAGUGCUAUUUGCGACCUGACACUCGUCUACCCAUGAUGCACAUCUCUGACUGCCACCGUGCCACAGUGGAGUUCAUGCAGGCUCCGGAGUGCCAGCUGUCCCUGCGCACCUACAACAUAGCUGCCAUGAGUUUCACUCCGGAAGAGGUGGCCCAAGAAAUACGCAAGCAUCUCCCCCACCUCAAGGUCACCUACAACCCUGAUUCUGUCCGCCAGACCAUCGCAGACAGCUGGCCGGUAAGGUUUGAUGACACCAAUGCUCGGAGAGACUGGGGCUGGACACCAGCCUUUGGGCUUGAAGAGCUGGUGUCCGACAUGUUGCACUUCAUUCGAGACAAGAGGAACAAUGAGGGUUUGCCAGUCAGCUAGCAAAACCUUCACCACAGAGACUGACCAAUGCCCUGCCCCUUGACUGUUCCUCAGCCUGCAUCUACCAACAUCACACUUAUCUCUCACUUCACUUUUCAGAAAGUUGUCAAGCACCUAUCCUGUGUUUCUCUGGAACAUUACAGCAAUGACCCACAGCCUGUUUGUAAGGUGGGAAUUCUCAGUCAGAAGCCCCCAGUAUACAGUAUACAGGUAUACAGAGAGGCCACACGCAUGCACACAAUGACACACAUUUCAGUCUUUUUCAGGGAAUAAUAUGCUGUCAAACCUUCUCUCCAUCGUUGUUGUUUUUAACUGUGAUCGUGGUAUUAGCAUCAUUUAUAUGCAAAAGAAAAUUACUCAUUUCGUAAGCUUCAGAGAUUUCCAUAUAUCAAAUCAUCUGCAUGUACACAACAGUCUGUUAAAUGUCUAAUACAAUAUGGACCAGUUGCACAUUGGAAGAAUCAAACCUGUUGUACACAAUGAUUGCAGGAUCAUCUGGAAUGGCUGGCUCAGUUAACUCUGGACUGUAAUGACAUCAUGUAUUCUUGCUGUUUUAUAAUAUCAAGUGAAAAUCACACACUGGACACAAACCCACUACCCUUGCUGGAAGGAAGCCUUUAUUUUACUUUCUUCUGGCCAGCAGUGUGACUUUGAUUAUGAAUAUGCACCAAUAACAAACAAAGCAUUAUUGACUGUAGAUUACUUUUGAAAAACUGUCUAAAAAUGCAGUGUUGUUUG